AUCCUGCCGUACACGUGGUGCAAUAUGGAUGCACCCCUUUUCUGCUCAAAUGCGCAAUAGUACAGCGAUUCGUUCCUUCUUCUACGUUGAGCACCGUCACUAGUGCUUGUUCUAGGGUUUAAGCGAACUACGGACAUCAAAGGAAGAUUGUUAAGUGCGGUGUUGGAAGUGCAAAUGCAGGCUUGUACAGGAGCGGCUAUGAUGGGUUCUCUGCAACAGCCCUUUCGGCCCAAGAAUUCGCUGUUUCCUGUGAAAGAGUGCGGUUUGAGUGGGUUUUUGAAUAAGAUUAAACUGAAUUCAUUGAAGCCUUGUAGCUGCUCUGUCGUUGAAGGGAGCUUGACUACUGGAAGGCCACCUUCUUCUGCUUCUGUCCCUGUCUCUGGACUGGGAGAUAAUGGGCGCAAAUUCAUAGAUUAUAGCCUUGGUGAGGCUGAUCCUGAUGUACAUGAAAUAAUUGAUAAGGAAAAAAAGAGACAAUUGAAAAGCCUUGAGCUUAUUGCCUCAGAAAAUUUUACCUCUAGAGCAGUGAUGGAGGCACUUGGUUCUUGUCUGACAAACAAAUAUUCUGAAGGUCUACCUGGUAAAAGGUACUAUGGUGGAAAUGAGUACAUUGAUGAGCUUGAAACACUAUGUCAAGAGAGGGCUUUGGAAUCAUAUCGCCUAGAUGGAAAGGAAUGGGGUGUCAAUGUUCAACCACUGUCUGGUUCUCCUGCUAAUUUUGCAGUUUACACUGCCGUUCUUAAACCACAUGAUCGCAUUAUGGGUUUGGACUUGCCUCAUGGCGGACAUCUGUCACAUGGCUUUAUGACUCCUAAAAGAAGGGUAUCUGCCACAUCAAUAUACUUUGAGUCUAUGCCUUACCGACUUGAUGAAUCUACAGGCAUUAUUGAUUAUGAUAUGCUGGAGAAAACUGCUAAUCUCUUUCGGCCGAAACUCAUUAUUGCUGGUGCUAGUGCUUAUCCUCGAGAUUUUGAUUAUCCUCGCUUAAGGAAGAUUGCAGAUGCUGUUGGUGCUUUUCUCAUGAUGGAUAUGGCACACAUAAGUGGACUUGUUGCCGCUUCUGUGGUUGCUGACCCCUUUGAAUAUUGUGAUAUUGUAACCACAACUACUCACAAGUCUUUAAGAGGUCCAAGAGGUGGCAUGAUCUUCUUUAGGAAGGACCCUGUCCUUGGAGUUGAUUUAGAAUCUGCCAUUAACAAUGCUGUUUUCCCAGGUUUACAGGGUGGUCCUCAUAAUAACACCAUUGGGGCCCUUGCAGUCUGCUUGAAGCAUGCACAAUCCCCAGAAUUUAAAUCUUACCAGAACAAGGUUGUCUCAAAUUGUAGGGCUCUUGCAAACCGGUUAACUGAAUUGGGUUACAAACUGGUAUCUGGUGGGACGGACAAUCAUCUCAUACUUGUAGAUCUUAGGCCAUUAGGUGUUGAUGGCGCACGAGUGGAGAAAAUUCUUGAUAUGGCCUCUAUAACCCUCAACAAGAACUCUGUGCCUGGUGAUAAGAGUGCCCUAGUGCCUGGGGGUAUUCGAAUUGGAUCGCCUGCUAUGACUACCAGAGAAUUUACAGAAAAAGAAUUUGUAGCAACUGCAGAUCUAAUUCACGAGGGCGUGCAAAUCACUAUUGAAGCUAAACAAUUGGUUUCAGGAUCAAAGCUUCAAGAUUUCAUGAAGUUUGUCACAUCUCCUGAUUUUCCUUUGACGAAUAAGGUUUCGGAUCUCCGCGAAAGGGUUGAAGCCCUUACAACCCAGUUUCCUAUGCCAGGAGUUUGAGUUGCAGCUAUGUUAUGCAGUCUUUGAAAGUGGGCUUUAUAGUAGGCCUCAAAAUUGGCAGCAGAAACCAGAAGUGAGAAGUUUUGUGUUGCAUAAACCCGUCAUAUCUAGGGACAGUCAUCUACGUAAGUGAUGCUAGUAUGACCACAUGUUUUAGAAUCUCAGUGUGUUGAAGGGAUGUAAAUUGUAAACGAUCGGUUAUGGUUGGUUUUUUCGACAAUAAUUUAACCGAUCAGUUAUUCAGUCGGUUCUCAUUAAUUUUUUUCUUUCAAAUGAUCGAUCAUUCGGUCAGUUAACUGUUGGUUUCAGUUAUUCGGGUAAUUCUCUUACGGUGCUAGUGCCAAUACGAAGUUUGCUUUAAUGCAUUAUUUUUCUGCAAA